AUGUCGAGCUUCAAGGGUGGUGGCCCGAAUAAUCGCCGGACGUCAAGUCUAUGCGUGAGUCCGCUUCCCGGUCCAAUUCAUCGGAAUGAGCACACUGGGGGAUCCAUAAUGAAACAGGACAAGAUUAGAUACUUGGACGAGUUGGUCACCGAGUUGCGGAAGCUGAAUUGUGUGCAAGUGGACGAGCCGGGCUCUCUUCGACACUCGGCGCUUUUGCUCUCAUCGGAAAUUGACAAUGUUUGGAAGGACAUCGCUUCGCCAACUGCCAGGAACAGCUCACCAAUGGAACUUUCUCGACGCGAUCAACCCAACUUUGCAAUUCAUAGCCCGGUGACACCAAUUACAAAAGUGCCUCGCUUGGAAAAUGAAGGCGCCACUUCUCUCUUUGGAACCAAUACAUCACCAACUCUUUUAAAGUCGCUGCUCAAUCAGCUGCAAUCGCCACUCAAUGUGCUCAACGGGUCGCCGAAUUUCUGCUCGUCAGCUCCAUCGCCGACUUCAUUCUCGCCUCCAUCACUCAUCAAUCUUUCGACGCCAAUUCGCGUGUACACGGCCAAUCUUCUCAAGGGAUGCAUUGAGGUCAAGAUGGAUAACGGUGAAUACGAGUUUCGGCAGAAGAUCCCCAUCCCACAAACAACUAAUGCUCACUGCAACUUUAUCGGCCGCAUUUUGGGACCACGAGGAAUCUCGGUGAAACAACUCGAAAGUGAGACGGGAUGUUCGAUUCUGAUUCGAGGAGAGGGAUCGGUUAAGGAUUCUGAGCGUGAGGCUCGUUUACGUGGAAUGCCUGGUUGGGAGCAUUUGGUCGAAUCUCUUCACGUUCUCGUUACUGUCACUGCUGCGAACACUAGCGAAAGAACGGCCGCUCGUAAGAAGAUGGAGCACGGUGUUGGUGCAGUUCAACGACUCCUAGCCACUCCCGUCGAUGAUGAGUACAAGAAGAAACAACUGGAACAGCUGGCAAUCAUCAAUGGAACCUAUCGGCCAAACGACACUCAACAGAGCCCG